ACCAGGGCAGGACAGGGGCUAUUUUUGGCCAGAGGAGAGGAUCAUCAGUAGAUAAACUACGCACCUAACUUGGCUCUUUCUCGGGCAUUCUCCCCAGCUGAUCAUUUCCACAAAAAGAAGAUCAUCACAUUGUUUCUUUUAUGAAUCUGGCAAAUUAUUCUUACUUCUCUGGCAUGUGCAACAUGACCGCAGAGACGCAGCACUCGCCCGCCGAGGCGAGUCCUGUUGUCAUGUCUCCAAAUGUCAGCCUGGACUCGCCGCUGCCUCCGCCGCCUCUCAUGCUGCAGGCCCGCUCCAAGGACAAUGUGUUGAUCAAGUCGGAGCCCCGGGGGAACAGUCCCAACACGGAGGAUGGAGCCGCUCUGGGGCAGACUGAGGAGCACCUGCCCACCGGGAGCCGCCGGAGGAAGAGGCCCGUCCAGAGGGGGAAGCCUCCCUACAGCUACAUCGCUCUCAUCGCCAUGGCCAUCGCCAACUCCCCCGAGAGGAAGCUCACCCUGGGGGGCAUUUAUAAGUUCAUCAUGGAGCGCUUUCCUUUCUACAGGGAGAACUCCAAGAAGUGGCAGAACUCCAUCCGCCACAACCUCACCCUCAACGACUGUUUUGUGAAGAUCCCCCGGGAGCCCGGCAGACCAGGUAAAGGCAACUACUGGACGUUAGACCCCGCAGCUGAGGACAUGUUUGACAACGGGAGCUUCCUGAGGAGGAGGAAAAGAUUCAAGCGCACAGAUGUGAGCACCUACCCCGGGUACAUGCAGAGCUCAAGCGCGUUUACACCAACCCCAAUGGGUAGGCCCUCGUACCCAAACACCCUGUACGCAGGGAUAGGCUCCGGUUAUGGCUCCCAGCUGACUGCAACAUCCCCGCAUCCGGCCAUGCUGCAUCACUACCAGACCUCCGCCGGGGUCGGCCAAGGACAGCCGCGCAUGUUCAGCAUCGACAACAUCAUCAGCCAGCAGACGGUGGUGCAGAGCGGCCCGGGGGGAGACCUCAACUCGCAGGCGCUGGGGCUGGGCGGAGGUGACCUGGGCACCAUGACCUCCAGUUGCUCGGUCACCGGCACCGACCCGUCUGCGUGCUUCCAGACCCAGACUGUGAACCCGUCUGCGAACAUGCUGAGCAGAAACAGCGGGAAUCUGUCAUCCAACCUGACCGCAGGGUACCCGUACUCCUCCUCGGCCUCUCCUCCAAACCUGUCCUCCAUGACCCAGUCCGGUUUCUCUCCGGGGAGCUCGCAAGUGUACUGCUCCGGCAACCGGCUGUCUCUGCCGGCCCUGCGCCCGGGCUCCUGCGCCGAGCACACGGAGCAGCUGCUGGGCCUCUCCAGCCCCAUGAACUCCUACAACAACACCUACAUGCGACAAGCCAACUUUGCGUCAGGAUUAGAGCGGUAUAUGUGAGACUUUACAUACAAAGGAAAAUCCUAAUUAAUUAAAGGUCACUUAAUA